GACGUAUUAAGAAUAAUUGAGCUUAAAAUGUUAGAAAUCUUACAAAACUGAUUAUUAAGGAAUAAUUCAAAAAGAAACACAUAACUUCUGUGUGAUAUACGAUUGGUCAUAAAAACGAAUGUAAAUAAACUCUUUAAAAUCGAAUUAGACAAAAUGUUGGAUAAUGCGCGUGCAAAGGGGUACAAAUGUGAACAGUGCAACUAUACAACCAAUCGCUCCUUCGACCUGCGACGCCAUCAACAACGCCACGAACGAGUGAAACCCUUAGAUGGAGUUGCAUUUAAAUGCAGUGAAUGCCAAUUUGUGACCAAAUGGAAACGAAACAUGGGACGCCACAUGGAGAAGCAUAAACGAAAUGCAGCAAUACAAAUGGAAGAGGGUAGGGAGGAAGAGCAGAGUCAACAGCUGGACGAGGAUCAGGCUAUAGAGGAGUAUAUAGUGGAAGUAAUUGAGGCCGAGGAAGACGAAUACGAAGAAGAGCUAAAGGGAGCUGUAGAGCAACUAAAUACAAAUGUAAUAUUAGAGCUGCCUCAGGAGGAGACUAAUCAGGCACCGCCAAGCAAAUCCCAGAAGCGUUUCAAGUGCGAGCUCUGCCGCUACACAUCGAAUAGAGCCUUCGACUUGCGUCGGCAUAAACAAACGCAUUUUAGAGUGAAAGUCGUGGAUGGGAUGGCCUAUAAAUGCUCCAAAUGCAAUUUCCUGACCAAGUGGAAACGGAAUAUGAGGCGGCAUAUGCGGAAACACGAGGAUCCCGACGAAGAUGUCCAAAUCAAGGAAGUCAAAGAGGAAGUGUGCGAAGAAACGUACGAGGAAACCAUUGAAACAUUCUGUGAGCCGGUAUAUGAACCACUACAAGUCAAAGAUGAACCUUCAUCCGAGGAGUAUAUCGUAGAGCUUAUAAAUGCAGAGCUACUGAAUUCAGAUUUGGAUAUGGCCACAAUAUAUCCAGCUCCGUCGGAAUGCUCCCAGACGCAGGAAGGCUCCGAGGCGCAGUCGCAGGAAGAAGUGCCGGAGAAACGCUUUAAAUGCAAUCAAUGUGAAUAUGAAUCAAAGCGCGCUUACGAUUUACGAAGGCAUUCGCAAGUCCACAAAAAGAUUAAACCCAUUCAAGGCAUUGCAUAUCAAUGUAAUGAGUGCUCCUUUAUAACCAAAUGGAAGCGGAAUAUGCGAAGGCAUAUGGAGAAACAUAAACCCAAUCCCGUCGUGGAAGCUGCGACAGAUGAGCAAUUUAUUAUGGAACUGAAAUCAAAUGCACAAAUGGAUAAAAGAAAGAUUAAGCUGGAGGACGAUCCCGAGGUACUGCCAUCAUAUUGGAUUGCUCUACCAUCAACAUAGAGCGGAUCGAUCCUACAGCCAG